CAAGUGGUUAUCUUGAGUGGUUUGUGAUUUGGAAGUUCGGUGCAGCCCACACCUGCACAUGUGUGCCGAGCGCCCAGCAGAUGGCGCUGUUGUCGUCGCUCUGCAGGUAAUGCUGUACGCUUGAUCCGUCAGGUGCACCACAUACUUGUGACCCAGGAGUGAGCAGAGUUUAGGGUUUGAGCUCACAUCCUGGAAGAGGAAAACAAAAGUUUCAGCAUACUGGGAGAAUAACGGCUUUACUGCUUUACUACAAAACAAUGAACCUAUUUUUUAUUUAUUUUUUUAGCGCCAUUAGCUACUACAGCAGUACAGGUAUAUAUAUAUAUACACAUUUUAUAUUUUAUUUACUUUGUAUUUACAUUACAUUACUUUUUAUAUUUUAACUUAACUCAGUUAUAAUAUUUAGUUAUAUUUUUAUAAAUUUGUUUUGACUUGUAUACAUAAUUAUACAGACAACAUACAAAAUAUAAAUAUAUAAAUAUACAUCUACAUUUGUUUUUUAAACUUGUGUGUGUGUGUGUGUAUGUAUAUAUAUAUGUAUAUUAACAUGUUUUCACCCCCCAGCUCUUAAUGCAUCUUGUUUCCUUCUGGAGCAUCAGGGAAUGUUUGAAUCUUUUUAAAUGUUGUGUUUGAGUCCCUCAAAUGUCCUUAGUCUGAAAAGAUGUAUCUCAAAAUCAUAAAGUCACUGCUGGAAAGGGUUCAAAUAUGCAAAGAUGCUGGAAAACUGAAGAAUCUGCAGGACCUUAAAGAUGUUUCUGAAGAACGCUGCUCAGUUUAACUGUUCAGAACAAACAAGGGACUCAUGCACAACCAUCACAAAACAGAAAGACAGUCGAGGAUCAUCAGGUAAAAGAACACAGUACUAAGAACCAAGGGUUCCCAAACUUUUGAGUGGGGUUAUUUUAAUAAUUUCAGCAAUUCUUUUGUCUUGUGGACUAAAUGUUAAUAUCUUUUAUGUACAAUAUCUUACUCAGGACAGUACUAAAUAAGAAAAUAGCAUGCAUUGAGUGUGAUCUCUCUUAUUUUUUGAAAAUUACUCAUAUUUUCACAGAUUCUGCAGGGGGUGCCCAAACUUUCGAUCCCCACUGUAUAUAUGUAUAUCGCAACAUAAUUUUUUUCAAUAACAGUGAUAUGAUUUUAAACACCUUUUAUGGAAUUUUACCCGAUCGACCAAAGUUCUUCCAUGAGCCGUUUCCUCUUGCUGUUUCAGUGCGGGAGCUUCAUCGUGUCAUCUUACCGUGGUCACCUGCUCCGGCUCGCUCAGGACUCCUCCGGUAAACUGCACCAGAGACCGGUUCAGCAGGGUCAGGGGAUGCUGUCCGGCAUCGGACGCAGGGUUUCCAGCCUGUUCGGCAUCCGUGGCCAGCCGGCCGACCUCACGGUGUUCAGUGUGCUCUGGGUGAAGGAGACCGGCUGUCUGUACUCUCUCGGCUCGUCUGGACUUAGAAACCUAAUUCUACAAUUAACAUCCUCUUAUGAACAUCCAGGUCAUGGCAUAGGAUGAGAGCAGAUUGCUUAAAGGGGACUCAAAGUAACUACUCUGAGAUCAAGAAAGGAGUGAAUGUGUCUUAUCUGGACAUGCAGUACAGCAGAGCGGGGCUGGUGGUGUUGGCAGUGGCGUCAUAUUUCUGCCUGGUCACUCUUGCAGAAAGCACAGCGCCGUCCCCAGACCUGCUCACUGUGGAGGUCACCAAAUACAACCCGCCCUUCCAGAGUGAGGAGGAGCUGCAGAAGACGCGUGUGGUGUUGCCCGAUCCGUCGAGUCCUGCUGUGUUCCUCUAUAACGAGGAGCUGGUGUUCGCCUGCAGCACUGGAGCUGGACGCGGAGGACACGUGGAGGAGAAGAUCUCCUUCAGCUCUUGUGCAGGGGACCGUAUCCGAGGCGGUGAGGUUUGUGCCGGUCUGUCUGUGUUCUUCUCUCAGAACAGCGGGCUGGUUGCUGUUUUAGCGAGAGAAAGUGCUUCCCUGCUGCCUGAGACCAUGGAGGACUCGCUCUGCACCUCAGUGGCUGGACCUGGACCUGAGGGUACCCCGUUAGAGACACCACCUAAAAUUGACACGGUGGCCCAGGAGGACCGAACUAAGCUGCUGAAGCAAGCGUUCCUGCAGUUCUGCCGUCAUGAUCCGGUCGGAGCUCAGAGCAUGGUGGACGAGCUCUUCCCCAGCGACGGAGAGCGAGGUGCAGAGCUGGAUGCUGUCGUGACACAGAUUGACCUGGAUCUGGUGGACGACUUCCCUGCAUGUGACCCACGCUGGGCCGAGUCUGUCCCUGACGAGGGCGCUGGAUUCACACUGACGUCACUGAUCCUGCUGCAUCAGUUGGAGGAUAAGAUGAAAGCUCACCGCUGCCUCAUGGACUUCCUGCUUCAGUUCCUCAUCAGAGACACAAGCUAUGAGACACUCUGUCAUCCUCCUCACAGUCUUCAGCAAUGCCUUUUCUUGUCAGCGCUGAAGAAGAGCGACACCGACAUACCGUCCAACCUCACGCCUGCAGACGUGUUCUUCAGAGAGGUGUCUCGGAUCUCCUCCAUCUUUGAGUGUCUGUUGGAUGAGGAGGAAAAAGCUUUAAAACAGCAUUCGGAUGCCUCCAUGUGGGCCGAGGUGGUGCUCAACGUCAAUGACAUUGUCAAGGAUAUGCUUCAAGCAGCAGCACAGUACCGAGAGACCAAAGCAUCUCUGUACAGAGCCCCAGAGAACUGCAGCCCGGAGCCAGAGUACAUCCCAUGGACAGAUAUAGUGGAUCAGGAGCGGUUUCUGCUUCAUCAGGAGACUCUUCCUAAACCCAGCAUGCCUUUACUGAGCCCUCGGAACCUCAUCGAACCGUACAUCUGCAGGGAGAACCGUGGAGCCAACGAGUACGACUUUAAGAAAGCUCUCGAUCUGCUGGAGUACUUGGAGGAGGAGGACACGGUUGAUAUUGAUGCCCUUAAACGAGAGAUCUUCAGUAAAGCCUUGAAGAAAGACUGGAAGGAGAGUUGGGCAUCGUCUGAUGAUAACGACGAUCCUCUAGAAGCAGCCAGAGACAGCACUUUCAUCAGGAUCCUACAGCAACUCAUUCAGGAAGGUGUGUCUCUGCAGUCGUACCUGCCUGACGUGAAGGAUCUUCUUCAGCAAGAAGAGCUGGAGAGUCUCAAAUCAAAAUGGUACUUUGAGUUCCUCCUGCGAGCCAACUAUGAGCACUACCUGAAAGCUCAUAUAUGACAUUACUUCCUGUUUCUACUUACGGUUGCCUUAUUAAUGAUCCAACUUUGUUUUGUACUGGUUCAUAAAAAUAAUAACUACAUGUGAUCCCACGCUUGAAUUUUGUAAAUAAACUGUAUUUCUGUCAUUGA